CCGACCAGGAGAACACUUUUUUGGGGUUUGCUUCUUCAUAAGAUCAGACAUUCAGUUUCUCUGAGUACUCUACACUCCGGCGAUUAGUAACGUUUUGAUAUUGUUAGACUAAGGCAGGUGACUAUGCAGCGGAGGAGCCAGUCCCUCAGCUGUUGAAAUUAGGAUAGGGUAGAUUUGUCGCCGAUUUUUGUAGGAAGGCUGUUUCACGUAGUGGAAAAUGAGUUAUCGUGAGCAUGACUUCGAGGACCCAUUUGAUCCGGUGGAGUUUGUCGAGCACUUGAUGCAGAGUGUUGUGUCGCGCCAGAGGCGGAAGGAUGCUCUAGAAGUGGGUCCUAAGCGUGGUUCUAACACGGAUCUAAAGAGCUCUCCGAAGUCUGACCGUUGGUCGCCAGGGACAUCUCAAAAGCAGGGUGGGGAAACCCCGCCGGCUACAACUAGUCAUGGCAAGAAGAAAGCUGAGCUGCCGUCAGCAGAGGUGGACUCGUUCGACCCACAGUCGUUGCUCUCGGCGUUUGACGAGGCUUUAGUUGACCUUAACGCGCUGAGCGAGCGGGUGGAGCGGCGAGUUGACAAGCUGAUGAAGGUCAUUCAGAAAGAGGAGGCAGAGACGAAGGGGGCAGUCAAGAGCGUUGAGAAAUCCGUGGAGAAUGCCAGUUCACAGUUCCAGGAGCUUGACGAUCGCAUCAACAACGUCGCCAAGAAGGUCGUUCAUCUUGGUGACCAGCUGGAGGGUGUCAAUGCAACUCGCUCUCGCGCCGAGGACGCCCUGCAGCUCAUGGGCUACUUUGCCAAGUUCCACGACUCCGAGGAGGUCGACGAUGAUGUAUUCAUGGUGUCCAGCCGGAUUCACGAAGCUGCACUUAUCAUGCAUAAACUUCAUCUCAUCGCAUUAGAACUGCCGCAGGACAGGUUUCUCGUUGCCAAGGAGAGAAUUGCUUAUAAGUAUGUGGCAGUACAGCGGACAGUUGUAAAGCGGUUUGAAGACGCUUACGCUACGACCAAUGUAGAGGAGAUGAAGCAAUGUGCCAACACACUGCUGCCGUUUGGAAAGGGAUAUGAGGAUUGUAUGUCCCGAUUCAUAGAAUUAGCACAGCAGGGUCAGUUUACCGGUAAAGACAUCUUUGCCGACAUUGCAUCAGUGGUGAAUCGCGUAUCGGACCUGAUAUUGAAGAUCUUCGAGAAUGCUGAAAUCGUUUUAUCGAAAUUUGUCAGCAGCGUGUACGCCAAGCACCUUCAGAAACAUAUCAUUGCACAGCUGAAGAAAGUUCGCGAACCAGACCUGGAGGUUUAUCUCAAAACGCUGAAUGAGCUGUACAUGAGGACUACAAAGCUGUCUUCGACAUUGUCCAAGUGCAAGAUGGGCAACGACUCGGGAUUCCUGACUCGCAUGACGAAGAGUGUCUUCAAGCAGCAUCUUGAAGACUUCAUGACUGUUGAGCUGGAUAACUUGACCGAACGCUGCUCUGGUGUUCUUAACGAGCACAAGGACAUCAUUGCACAGAGGAAGGCGGCCACAACCGGUCUUCGGCGGAAGGCUAACGACGACGUCUGUGAAGACCUGGUGUCGCACGAGCUGGCGGCCACAAUCCUGCAUGAGCACAAGGCCGCCAUGCUACGCUGUGCUAAUCUGUCGGCACCGACCGAGCUGCCGCAGAAUGCUGCGAAGCUGUUUGAUGCGCUCAUGGACAGUCUUGUCAAUCAGCAUCUGAUGCCCGCCGUUGAAGUUGGCCUCAAUGCAUUACCGUCAGCUGAGCCAAAGAACCCGCCCGAUAUCUCCUUCUUGCGACUUGUUGAGAACACGUCCAGCAUUAUACAACUACUUGAGAAGCAUUUCCGUGACUUUGUUGUUCCUGCUGUCGGCUCUUCUCCCAUCCAUGCUGACUGUCUGCACCAAAAGAAAGAACUCUUCCAGAACCUGCAGGGCAAACUGGACACUGGAGUGGACAGGUGCAUCUCGGCACAGGCUGGCUAUAUCCGGUAUAUUCUGAACAACGAGCAGAAGAAAAGCGAUUUCCGACCAGAGGAUGGAGCUGCAGCACUGGGGUUCACUCCGGCUUGCAACCAUGCUGCGGCUUAUCUGAACGCACAGCUGCAGCGCAUCUUGCAGUGCGUUGAUGGCAAAAACCUGCAGGCGUGUCUGAUGGAGUUGGGCACGCGAUUCCACCGUGUGCUGAUCGAUCAUUUGCAACAGUUCACCUACUCGUACACAGGAGGAAUGGUUGCCAUCUGCGACAUCAACGAGUACAGGAAAUGCAUCAAGAAGUUCAAGGUUCCACUUCUAGACACCCUGAUGGAAGUUCUACACUCACUCUGCAACAUGCUGAUCGUCGCACCGGAAAACUUGCGUCAAAUCAUGUCUGAAGAAGCAAAUCUGGCUAGUAUCGAUCGUCAAGUCGUGCUGAACUUCAUUCAGCUCAGGGUUGAUAACAAGUCUGGUAAAUUGGCCAAGAUACUCAACUUUUAGCUUGCUAGUCCAGCCUUGAGAUGGCCGGUCAUGGGGCAAUGUGUGCCUGCUCGCCAUCUUCUGUACAUACUUCAUGUUGUUAGUGCUGCUCUUUCUCAUUCUCCGUCUGUCUGCCUGCACAAUGUACAUAGAAACGGACCGUGUUUUCAUAGGACUUAGUCACUUAACCCAGCAGUUGAUUUACUCCUUCCGUGUACAUAUUAUGUUUACGUGUCUGUGUAACUGUUGCUGCACCUCUCCUAUCCCAUGUCCUUGUCCAAGUCUGGCAUCGCAUGUCCUUGUCCAAGUCUGGCAUCCCAUGUCCUUGUCCAAGUCUGGCAUCGCAUGUCUGCGUGUCCAUCAUUCCUUGUGUCGUGUAAUACGCUGUUUUCCCCUCUUUGUCUGUGGGUGUCCGGUGUACUUUGAACUUCUGGAGAAGUGCUGGAGCUGGCAUCUUCUGACUAGGAGAACAUGCCAGCAUCUGUAAUUAACGGCACGCGCAAUUUGCUAAUAUCAGCCUUGUCCGUGCCUGCAAUGGCCACUUUUCUCUGCUCUUCUUGCACCGCCGCCUUAUACUCCAUUACAGUUGUAGUAUCCUGGUUUGAAUAUUGCCACCUGGAGGCCCGGUCGCUAAGUCUGUGGAUGAGUCAUGGCAAACACCCCCUGCUGCUUCGCUUCGCUGCUGUGCUCCUUGUUCUUCGUCGUAUCAAAUGUUUUAUUAUUCUCUUCAACCUAUAAUUAUUAUUAUGACACAGGAUACUCACUGUUUUCAGCUGGCCACGGGCACGCUAGAACACACCGCUGCUAUAUUAUUCUGUAUAGUUUCUCAACCGUUUUCUGUUCAUGAUUUCGACCGUUCCUUCAACACUAACUUCUUGAUAUUGAAGUACAAAGUCGCAACCAAGUGUUGCACAGUCCAA